AAUGGCUGUUCCACCUGCUUAUGCUGAUCUAGGCAAAUCUGCCAGAGAUGUUUUCACCAAGGGAUAUGGUUUUGGGUUAAUAAAACUCGAUUUGAAAACAAAAUCUGAAAAUGGACUGGAAUUCACAAGCUCAGGUUCAGCAAACUCAGAAACGAGCAAAGUUAGUGGCAGUCUGGAAACAAAAUACAAAUGGGUGGAAUAUGGAUUGAUGUUCACAGAAAAGUGGAACACCGACAACACACUAGGCACUGAGAUUACUCUUGAAGAUCAGCUUGCACGUGGCCUGAAGCUGACCUUUGACUCCUCCUUCUCUCCUAACACUGGGAAAAAGAGCGCUAAAGUCAAGACAGGGUACAAAAGGGAACAUAUCAACAUUGGCUGCGACAUGGAUUUCGAUAUUGCUGGUCCUUCAAUACGUGGAGCCCUGGUGGUUGGCUACGAGGGGUGGCUGGCAGGUUACCAAAUGACUUUUGAGACAACAAAGUCUAGAGUAACCCAGAGCAACUUUGCGGUUGGCUAUAAGACUGAUGAAUUCCAGCUUCAUACUAAUGUGAAUGACGGAACGGAAUUUGGAGGCUCCAUUUACCAGAAGGUGAAUGAUAAACUGGAAACGGCCGUGAAUCUUGCUUGGACAGCCGGUAAUAGCAACACUCGCUUUGGAAUAGCAGCCAAGUAUCAGAUUGACCCAGAUGCCUCUUUUUCUGCUAAAGUGAACAACUCCAGUCUGAUCGGAUUAGGAUACACUCAGACUUUAAAGCCAGGUAUCAAACUGACAUUGUCAGCUUUGUUGGACGGCAAGAAUGUCAAUGCAGGUGGUCACAAACUUGGUCUAGGAUUGGAAUUUGAAGCAUAAGGAGUGAUUCUACAAUCGCUAAUCGGAAAAUACAGCAUAGCUACCUUCAGAAUAUAGUGUACCUUUCAAUGUUUUAUGUCUGGGAUGCAAGUAUUGCUAAGUAUCAGUCCUGCUAGUCCUGGUGAAAGACAGCUAAGCUUUAAAAAUGACGUUGUUAAUGAAGUGGAGACAAAACCAUAAAAAAAAAAAAUCCAAAUUCCAGGUGUUCUUCUUUUGAAUGUUAUUGCCCAUCACAUCUGUCAGCUGCCACAUGAUAGGAAGUCGGAAGGUAUUUGUUACCUUUACUAAUGUAUUGACUGCACAAGGCAUAUUUUAAUGUGGUAUAAAACCUGAGAUGCUAAGAAUUGCUGACCACUAUAUUGUGCUGUUAAUUCCAUAAGCAAAAUGUUCCAACACUUAAGGCUUCAAUUCACAAUGGAAUGUGCAAACUUGUCUGAAAAAGGGAUUUUUUUAAUUUUUUUUUUUUUUUAGAUAAGCAUUUCAUGAAUGGUUUUUCUUUUUUGGUUAUCUUACAUCUACAGCUGUCUCCAGAAUGCUUUAGGUUGUCCACCUUGUGUAAGUGCGUUGCAGAGGAGGUUUGAUGUGACUCAGCCAAUACUACCUGUCCUGUGUUGUGGUUCCUUUCCCUUGCACUGACUGGAAAGCUUGUAAAACAGGGCCAUAAUCAGGGAAGAGUCUUUGUACCUGCAAUCACAUAGUUGCAUCACUAAAUUUAAAAUGGACUUUUGUUUUAUUACCACUUUUUUUUAGCAACUUAAAUGGGUACAUUUUUAGAGAGUCUUCCAUUUUGUGUGGAACUAGACCCCAAAAUGCUGUACUUGACACUACUAAAAAUGGAUAAAAAACCCAAACCCAACUUGAAUAAAAUAUUGAAAUGUC